AUGUUUCCAAAUUUGACCGUAACAGGGGGCGGACGAGGAAUUGGCCUGUCAUUGGCUCGAGCCGCGGCCGAACUGGGAAGCGACAUAGCAGUCCUUGACAUGCUUGAGCAUCCGCAUGAUGAGUUUUUGAGCAUUCCUGACGAAUUCACCGUUCGGGCGAAGUAUUAUCGAACCAAUGUGACCGAUAUGGGAAGCUUGACAACAGCUUUCGAUCAAAUCAUCCAAGAUUUGGGGCGAAUAGACAAUUGUGUCACCGCAGCCGGUAUUGUCCUUGAUAAGCCAUUCCUCGAUACCACAUGGGAAGAAGGUACGAAAAUCCUCGAGGUCAACGUUUUGGGGAGCUACUUCGCGGCUCAAUUGGCUGCGAAGCGUAUGCGUGAUCAGAAAACGGGUGGAAGCAUUGUACUCAUAGCCUCGAUCUCCGCAAGUGCGGCUCUACCCACCCAGAAGCUAGGGAUUUAUGGCGCUUCGAAAGGCGCCAUCAAAUCUCUCUGCCAGCAACUUGCAGUGGAACUCGGACCCUUAGGCAUUCGUGUAAACUCGGUGUCGCCAGGGUUCAUCGAAACAGAGAUGACCAAAGGACUGGCGGUCACUAAUCCAGAGAUCAUUUCUGCUUUCAAUUCCGCGACACCUUUGCAACGUAUCGGGAAAAGGCAGGACCUUAAGACACUUGUUGGAUAUUUGCUGAGUGAUGCUGCGGCAUUCACAACAGGAAGUGACAUUUUUGUCACUGGUGGCUUGCACUCUGGCCAUCUUUAG